AGUAAAAGCCAGACAGAGAGAGAGAGAGAGAGAGAGAGAGAGAGAGAGAGAGAGAUGGCGAGCACCGCAGGGAAGGUCAUCAAAUGCAGAGCUGCUGUUGCGUGGGAAGCUGGGAAGCCGCUGGUGAUUGAGGAGGUGGAGGUGGCUCCUCCUCAGGCAAUGGAGGUUCGAAUUAAGAUCCUAUUCACUUCGCUUUGCCACACUGAUGUCUACUUUUGGGAAGCAAAGGGGCAGAAACCUGUGUUUCCUCGGAUCUUUGGACAUGAAGCAGGAGGAAUUGUGGAGAGUGUUGGAGAGGGAGUUACAGAGCUUGCACCGGGCGAUCAUGUCCUCCCAGUGUUCACUGGAGAAUGCAAGGAUUGUGCUCACUGCAAGUCAGAAGAAAGCAACAUGUGCACCCUUCUCAGGAUUAACACUGACAGGGGAGUGAUGAUCGGGGAUGGGCAAUCAAGGUUCUCGAUCCAUGGAAAACCUAUAUAUCACUUUGUUGGAACCUCAACCUUCAGUGAGUACACAGUUGUUCACGUGGGUUGUCUUGCUAAGAUCAACCCUAAUGCUCCGCUGGAUAAAGUUUGUGUUCUCAGCUGCGGCAUUUCAACUGGUCUCGGCGCAACUCUGAAUGUUGCAAAGCCAGCCAAAGGUUCAUCAGUUGCUAUUUUCGGAUUGGGAGCUGUCGGCCUUGCUGCUGCGGAAGGGGCCAGAAUAGCGGGGGCUUCAAGGAUUAUUGGUGUUGAUGUGAAUCCAAGAAGAUUUCUUGAAGCCAAAAAGUUUGGUGUCAACGAGUUCGUGAAUCCAAAGGACUAUCAGAAGCCGGUUCAAGAGGUGCUUGCUGAAAUGACUGACGGUGGAGUUGAUCGGAGCAUCGAAUGCACCGGCAACAUUGAUGCCAUGAUAUCUGCUUUUGAAUGCGUUCAUGAUGGUUGGGGUGUCGCUGUUCUUGUCGGAGUUCCUCACAAAGAUGCUGUGUUUAAGACGCACCCUAUGAAUGUUCUCAAUGAAAGAACACUCAAGGGAACCUUCUUCGGCAACUACAAGCCUCGCUCUGACAUCCCUGCUGUUGUUGAGAAAUAUAUGAGCAAGGAGCUAGAGCUGGAGAAGUUCAUCACUCAUGAAAUUCCAUUCUCAGAGAUAAACAAGGCAUUCGAGUACAUGCUCAAGGGUGACAGUCUUCGCUGUAUCAUUCGCAUGCAAGAGUAAACCUCUUCUUCUUCUUCUUCUUUCUUUGUCCAAAGAAAAAAAAACCCUGAAAAACACAUCUUUAGUUUCCUGCAAGUUUGUUGCAAACUAAAUAAGCCUGGCCUCCCAGCUUCAGGCCUUUCUUAUUGUUCAUAGAAAGUACUGUUCUUGUAUUUCAGUUGAAAAAAAUUUGUGAACUUGUUUGCAUCUAGUUCAAAAUUAUGUGUGGAAAUAUAUUAGGCCAUAGCAAGCCUCUAUGUUGCAUAUGGGCAUAACAAAGGCAGACCAGCUAUUAUUUGU